AUGGAAUUCAUGAUGGAAGAAAUCAACGUCCUGAGAAAAUUCCGCGGAAUCCCAAAUAUCGCACAACUCGCAGGCCUAGUUAUAUCAGAGAACCCAUACAAACCAAACCCGUGCACCAAACGACCAACUGUCGUCACCGGGUUCCUUGUUGAAUAUUACCCCGGAGGAAUUCUUCAACAAACCAGCGAGAAUAGAGAUGAAGUUGACGCUGACUUGCCAAUGAGAUGGACUGUACAGAUUGGAAGGGCCUUGGAGCCAAUGCAUGAGAAUGGUCAUGCCCAUCUUGACAUGAAGCGUGAGAAUGUCGUUUUGGAUGCCGAGAAUCGGGCUAUUAGGAACAGCUCUCACCGGAAGCCUAUGCGCUUCUUGAAAGCCAUGAAAUAUCUCCUUUUGAUAUGUCUUUUGGGGGCGCGCGUUGCUACGGACUGUUGGGCUUAUGGACGGGUGCUGUUGGCUCUUGCUGAGAAAUUUGGCAGUGGAAACUUGCGAUUGGUUGCUGAGCAAUUGACGAAGAUGGAGGCUACAGAGCGCAUCUCUUUAUGUGAUUCUCUCGAAAAGCUAGAAGGAUAA